AUGAAUAAUACAAUACUUGUUUUGAUUAAAUGUAUAGUAUUACUAAAUUUUUGUUUAUGUGUAUUUCCACGUCACAAAACAGUUCUUAACAUAUCUGACGAAACUAAAGAUUUACUGUUACUUAGACUGAAGCAAGGUGAAGGACCGUUAAAGUAUAUUACGUAUGUCCCAAAUAUAACAAAAAGUGUUACAAAAGUAAUGGAUGGCGCUUCAAUUAUUUGGAAUACGGAUCACCCUGAAGAGUUGCUAUGUAUGCUAAAACUAACACAAUUGUACGGUAGAUCUAGAUUGUGUUAUGCAUACAUAUUAAGAUCAACUGGACCAAGAACAUUAUAUUUUAAAAGACAAGGAAAUGAUUGGGUUCAAGUAAGUGAAAUAACAUACGACAAGAAAAUGCAAGAAGUAAGAAAACAGAGAAUGUUUGAUCUAACUGGUGAUAUGAACGACGGAACAUACUUUAUUCAAACACACGAUUUGUACGGUCUGAUAUCAACUGUAUUCAUACCAUAUCAUAUGUAUGAUAUUAUAUCGGUUUGUGAUGAUUUUGAUGUAAUUUGGGAAAGAAAUAAUGAUUCGGAUAAAUGUACUUGUAUUAUUGUUCAUGGAGAUUUGCGAAAUUCUCAAUUGAUUCAUCUUCAUCUCAAAAUAAAUAAUACACAUAAACAAAUGUUUAUGAGAAAGUAUGAAGAUGAUUGGAAACAAACCGAUAAAGAACAAUUUUAUCAAUAUUUGAAUCAACUUGAUGAUCAAAUGAUUGUUAACCAAAUGUAUAAUAAUGAUCUAUAA